UGUGACGUCGGCAACGUCAUUUCUACGAUAAUGUGCUAUUCAAGAUGGCGGCAGGAGGUAGCGUUUAGCUCUGUCUGGCGAAAGGAAUUUCGAUCAUUUCUUCACUUUGGGGCCUGAAAAUUAUGCCGAAAAGACGAAAUGGUGAAAUCCCGCUACCUUCCGGAUGGGACAUCGGCACCGACUACGACGGCAAGAUCUAUUUCAUCGACCACAUCAACAAACAGACGACAUGGAUUGAUCCUAGAGACAGUUUGACAAAGCCGCAGUCAUUUGCAGAUUGCUUAGGUAAUGAACUUCCCUUUGGCUGGGAGGAAUGCUACGAUGAGCAAGUUGGCGUUUACUACGUUGACCACUCGAACAAAACGAAUCAAAUUGAAGACCCCAGGCAACAAUGGAGGCAGCUUCAAGAGGCUAUGCUCAAAGAGUACCUGCUUACUGCUCAGGACGAUCUUGCGAAUGCUCUCAUCAAAUGA